UUAGAUCGCUUCAGUCGUCGAUCAUUGUCGCUUGAAGAAAUAAUCGGCAAGAACAAGAAAUCCAAAUCGGGAAGACUCAUUGGCGGUUUUCGUAGUGAUGGCGUAAGCAAAUCAAGCACAGGGAAAAGUGGUGGAGCGCGGAACUUUGGGAGAUUCUCAGAUCGAACUCCAGCAGGAAAGUGGAAGCAUGACAAAUUCCAAGACGAAAGCCGAGCUUUCCGAGCGAGAGGUGGUGCGAUUGCUAAAGUGAUCGCAGGAUCGAGCAAUCCCAACAAGAAAGUGCGCGUCAAUCUGUCCAAUCUCGGACCUAACGUCGUCUCUGCUGACCUUGAGGAGCUUUUCGGUCCAUACAAUAUCGAUACUGCAACGGUGCACUUCAACGAGCAGGGUAUCUCACUUGGCACCGGCGACGUUUACUUGAAAAGGAAAGAUGCUCUGCAAAUGUUCGAAGAUUUCAAAGGCGUUUCUCUUGAUGGUAAAUUAAUAAAGAUGUUGAUUGUCGAUGGAGGAGAAGGUGUGGCUAAUGGCAUCGAGAGUCGACUGAGUAAAUUGCCUCGUCAGAGCACACGAGGAAUCCAGAAGACGUUUAGAAGAACAAGUGGAGGUGUUUCUAAUUCCUUCCUCGACCGUAUUGUGGAUGACAAACCAAGGAGAGGGGGUAUGCGUCGGCGUUCGCUUCCCGGUCGUGAAAGGAAAUCGGUGAAGUCUGUUGCUGAGUUGGAUGCAGAGCUGGAGUCGUACAUGAAUAAAGGACGGCCAAUAGAUUUGUGA